AUGUUGCAGGUGGUUGCUGCGUGCCUACGUGGGCUGGCGUCAACGGAUGCUGUGCUUCGCCCACGCCACCCUGCUGUCCGCAAACCGCUCGUGAUUGCACACGGCCGCGCUGUUGCGCGCGGGGAUGCCGAGAACGACGCUGACCUUGUGGCGUGGCACGACGACACUGAAGCCACAGCACGCAUGGUAGAGCAUGUCCAGGCAAUGAGCGAUGGCAGUGACGACGAUGAAAGAGACGCUGUUGACGAUCGCGGUGGUGACGCUGGUCACAAGACCGCUGACGGUGAUCAUGGGGUGGCGAAGGACGACAUCACACACCAGCGCCACCUCGGCGUGAUGGCUGCCUCUGUGACGGUGACAACAGCGACCACCUCCACAACAAGCACAGCAGCGGCGACGACGGCAUUCGAAGUGACGCACGGCGAGACCACCGUGGCGGAAGAAGAGGACAGUGGCGACCAACCGCCCAAGCGCGCUCGCAUGCAGCAGGCGCAGCAGGCGCAGCAGGCGCAGCAGGCGCAGCAGGCGCAGCAGGCGCAGCAGGCGCAGCAGGGGCAGGGAGCUGACAAGCAAGGGCGCGCAGUUGACGAAACCCCUGCGGAAGAGCAAGAAGCACCAAGGAGCGCGGGGCAAGGUUCACUAGAGAGCGCACAAGAGCACGAGGAUGAAGGUGAAACGAACGCUGGCGGCGAUACAUCAGCGCAGACGGCUGCCUUGCCGCAAUCGGGCCUGUUUUCCUUCCUGUCGCAGCAGACCAAGGACAAGCGGCAGGGCGCAGACAAGGUGGACGAAGGAGCAGAAGAAGAGGAGGAGAACAACGACGACGAGGCGAAGCAGCAGCAGCAGCAGCAGCAGCAGCAAGGAAAGGAGAGCAGUGGUGGUGCUGCAGUGGCGGUGCUGGAGGAUGCUGCUGACGAAGACGACGAUGCUGAUGAGGAUGAUGAGAGUGGCGAUGAUGAUGAGAGCGGUGAUGAGGAUGACUUUGGGCACUUGUUGGUUGAUGAGGGCCCAGACUCGGACCAGGAGCAUGCCUAGUGCUGAUUGAAAACGCACACGCGCUCUUUGCAUGUUGAGGGUUUGUCUUUUUUUUUUUUUUUCGUGUGUGUGUGUGUGUAAG